CAUGGUCUGGGAGGCUAGAAGUCCAAAUUCAGAGUGCCAGCUCUAAAGGAAAGCUUUCUUUCUCUGUGAGCUCUGGAGGAAGGUUCUUGUCAUCGAUCUUCCCUUGGUCUAGGAGCUUUACUGUGCAGGAACCUCAGAUCCAAAGAACAGGCUCUGCUCCCAGCACUGCUUUCUUGGUGUCGUGAGGUCCACAACUCUCUGCUCACUUCUCUCUCCUUUUAGCUCUUGUAAGAUAAAAAGUGCUGCAGGCCACACCCCAGGGAAACUGCUGGAUCAGGGAAGUGGUGUUACAUCCCACCCUAAUCUUCUUCAGCAUAACCCAAUCUUCCUCUUUAACCACAGGCAGAGAUCAGGAUUUAGAACACAUAUGGAAAUUACAUCAAUCACAAAAUGGAGGACAACCAUAAAAUACUGGCAAUCAUAGCCUAGCCAAACUGACACAUAUUUUUGGGGGACAGAAUUCAAUCUAUGUCAGUAUCCAAGUUGAUACGCUGGGGUGCAAUGGCAUUGAACAAUGAGAGAAUACCAGUAUCUAAGAGGGAUGGGACUCCUGUGGUAUGUUAUGAGCCUCUGCUUCUGUGGGAUCCUGCAAAGUGGUGUCUCAGAACGCUGCGAUGACUGGGGACUGGAUACCAUGAGGCAAAUCCAAGUAUUUGAAGAUGAGCCAGCUCGCAUCAAGUGCCCACUCUUUGAGCACUUCUUGAAAUAUAACUACAGUACGGCCCACUCAGCUGGCCUCACCCUGAUCUGGUAUUGGACAGGGCAGGAUCGAGACCUUGAGGAACCAAUUAACUUCCGCCUCCCUGAGAACCGAAUUAUUAAAGAGAAGGAUGUGCUGUGGUUCCGGCCCACCCUCCUCAAUGACACGGGCAACUAUACCUGCAUGUUAAGGAACACGACUUAUUGCAGCAAAGUUGCAUUUCCUCUGGAAGUUGUUCAAAAGGACAGAUGCUUCAAAUCUCCCAUGAAACUCCCAGUGCAUAGGCUAUAUCUAGAACAUAGUCUUCAGAAGAUCACUUGUCCAAAUGUAGACGGAUUUUUUCCUUCCAAUGUCAAACCAACCGUCACUUGGUAUAAGGGCUGUUUAAAAAUUCAGGACUACAAUUUUAUAAUUCCUGGUGGCAUGAACUUGGAUUUUACCUAUGCCACUUAUUCAGUUAGUGAUAAUUAUACGUGUGUUGUAACGUAUCCAGAAAAUGGGCGGACCUUCCAUCUUACCAGGACUCUGACUGUAAGGGUGGUAGGCUCACCAGUAGAUGCAUUGCCCCCCCAGAUCCAUUCACCUGAUGAUAUCGUAAUCUAUGAGAAAGAACCAGGAGAGGAACUUCUCCUUCCCUGUAAAGUCUUUUUUACUUUCCUGAUGGACUCUCACAAUGAGAUUUGGUGGACCAUUGAUGGGAAAAAGCCUGAGGACACCAAUAUGAACAUAACGGUCAGCGAAAGUACGAUUCAUAGUAAAACAGAAGAUGAAACCAGAACUCAGACUUUGAGUAUCAAGAAAGUUACCCCAGAGGAUCUCAAGCGAAGCUAUGUCUGUCACGCUAGAAAUGCCAGAGGGGAGGCCAACAAGACCGCGACGGUAAAGCAGAAAGUGGUAACUCCAAGAUACACAGUGGAACUGGCCUGUGGCUUUGGAGUCACAGUCCUGCUGGUGGUCAUUCUCAUUGUUGUUUACCAUGUGUACUGGCUGGAGAUGGUCCUGUUUUACCGGGCUCAUUUUGGAACAGAUGAAACCAUUUUAGACGGGAAGGAGUACGAUAUUUACGUAUCUUACGCGAGGAAUGCUGAAGAAGAAGAAUUUGUGUUACUGACCCUCCGUGGAGUUUUGGAGAAUGAAUUUGGAUACAAGCUGUGCAUCUUCGACCGAGACAGUCUUCCUGGGGGAAUUAUCACAGAUGAGACCUUGAGCUUCAUUAAGAAAAGCAGACGCCUCCUGGUUGUCCUAAGCCCCAACUACGUGCUCCAGGGAACCCAAGCCCUCCUGGAGCUCAAGGCUGGCCUAGAAAACAUGGCCUCUCAAGGCAACAUCAACGUCAUUUUAGUACAGUACAAAGCUGUGAAGGAAAUGAAGGUCAAAGAGCUGAAGAGGGCUAAGACGGUGCUCACGGUCAUUAAAUGGAAAGGGGAGAAAUCCAGGUAUCCACAGGGCAGGUUCUGGAAGCAGCUGCAGGUGGCCAUGCCAGUGAAGAGAAGUCACAGGUGGUCUAGCAGUGACGAGCAAGGCCUCUCCUAUUCAUCCUUAAAGAACGUAUGAAAGGAGCAAUGAAAGUGGCAAAAAGAGCCAAGGCUACUCCAGAAAGGAAGUGUUCCCCCUUCUUUAUUCUAAGUUUAUUGUUUCAUGGGCAGAGAAAAAAAAAAAAUCUGUCAAAGCUUCUCCAUAGGGAUAAAUUCCGGGUGACUGUAUGACUGGAUAAUCUGCUUCCUCAGGCAACACUAAGUUGUAGAGUGAUAUUGUCACCAGUCUCUAAUGCCACUAUGUACCUUCCAGGCAAGAACUUGGUUGACCCUAUUCCUUUGCAUCCUUCAUCCCUGUUCCCAUGUGUCUGUAUUCCCUCUAUGUCAUCUUAACAUUAUGGGGCAGCCUUUUCCAAUGGCCUUAAUGACCCCUUAAAAACAAGUCAUCUGUUAACAGGGCCAUUAUGAUUUUCCAAGUAUCGUUUUCUUUUUCUUAUAUUUUUACUCAUCCAUUGAAAAAAAUCAUCAGGGCCUAGAUUUAUUUUAGCUCAAGCCCAUGAGUUCUUCUGCUUAUUCUGCUGUACAAUACACUACCACAGCUAGACUGAUAUCAACUUAACGAUGAUACAAAAGCAGUCUGUCUGAAAAUGUGCCUUAUUGAUCUUAAAAGGCUUGCCUGCAUUUUUUUUUUCCUUCCGUACAAUACCACCCUACCCUCCAUCUCAGGUACUUAGUUAAUGUCUUUUUUGUAAACUUAAAAAAAAAAAAAAACAUAAUUUUUGUUUUUAUUACAGUAAACUGAUCAUGUGUAGUUCAAACUGUAUUUAUCAUGUUACUUCCCUUUCCACCAUGCCUUGUAUCAGUUACUCAGACUUUGAAGGUGGCUCCGUACUUGCUUCUGUCUGAAAGGAAACUUCCCCUCAUGGUGCUAAUGGAGACCGAGAUAGUGGCAAGAUGCUUUUAAGGCAUUUUUCUGACUUGUGAGGAGAACAUAGAACAGGGUAUUUGGCAAUUUAUCUUUUAAUCCCAGCCUUGCUAAAGUGAAAUACUGGGAAGGUUAUUUUGCCUCACUCAUUUUUGUCUUCCUGUGGUAAAAUGUGGAGGUGGAACCCAGUUGCUUGAGUCGAAGGUUGUUUUUAGUGUUAAUAUUCUAAGGGAACUAACUGGACCCCCGUAUUUUCUGUAUUUAUUCACUGGUAUAGUUAAUAUGUUCGUUUCAAACAAGUUAAUCUGAAAAGCCACUGUCAAUGUGUUUGUUUUAAAUAGUUGAAAAGACUAGGAAAAGUGAAAACAAAGUCCGGAGUUUACAGAGUGGUGAAUAUCUAAAUUAGAUAGAAUAUAUAUAUAUUUGUGUGUCUGUAUAUGUAUAUGUGUGUGUAUGUAUACACACACAUCUAUAUAUGCAUGUAUAUAUAUGUAUGGAAACCCUGGUGGUGUAAUGGUUAAGUGCUGUGGCUGCUAACCAAAAGGUCAGCAGUUCGAAUUUACCAGGCACUCCUUAGAAACCCUAUGGAGCAGUUCUACUCUGUCUUAUAGGGUUGUUAUUAGUUGGAAUCGACUCAAUGGCAACAGGGUUUGUUUCUGCUUUUUUUUUUUAUUUUUAAUAUAUAUGUAUAUAUAUACACACAUGUAUAUAUAUAAGCAUGUAUAUAUAUACAUAAUAUGUAUAUGUAUAUAUACACACACACAUGAAUAUGACUUUAAUGGCCAUUGGCACAUCAAACUCCACUGCAACUCUUGUCCAGUUUUAAUUAUGUUUUUUGCUGUAAUGCUCUUGUGUAUUUUCUGUACAUUAAUAUUAUUUGUGAAUUCACAGCUCACAAAGUGGUAGUUCUCAUUAGUCCUUGCCUCCCCUAAGCUCGUAUCAAUAACUGACCACUGCUAUAGUUGACCUGGGUGCAGUGGAGUCAGUUACGCAGAGACCUUCGAUGGUUACUACUAAGGAGUUGGCAGCCAACUGGCAUGAACUGAUUACCUACUAUGUUCCCAGCACACACAUUAAAAAAAAAAAAAAGCUAUGUUAAUGUCAGUGCUCAAGAGCUGGAGAUAUAAAUCUCUAUUUGGACUAGUGAGUGAUAGAGGAAAGGAAAACAAAAUAUCGAUGAGUCUGAGUAUCUUAUGAAGCACCUUAACUUAUAAUUUAAGGAUGCCCUUAUCCUAGUAGUAUGGAUGUUGAUAAGCAAUUCUGAUACUGUUCCCUACAUGUUAAGUGUCCUUCAUCAGUAUUAAAGUCCCUGAUAAAGGAUUUCUCUAAGUAGGAGUCUGAUUAUUUUAAAUUGAAAAAAAUCUUUACCUUUGACUCUAAGAGUAUCUAACUUUUUUAGACUUAUAAAUGCUUUUCCACAUUACAAUCACCUUUUCUCCCCCUGUUAACUCUUCACUCACAAGACCCAUGGAGAGCUGUCUCCAGGUAAGCUUUGAGUACCAGUUUUACAUGAGCUCUAGGCAAACAAGGGCUAGACUCAGCACCAAGAGGCCAUGAGUUUGCCAAUGUUGAAUGCAUUUUGCACUUUUCAAUUCCAUAUUUAUCCCAAAUGUCCAAAUGGUGUUGGGUGUCCCUGGAAACUCCUUGAUGGAUAUUUAUUUUUCCUAUUUAUAUUCCUGCCUUUGCUACUGGACUUUUCCAGAAGAUAAAAUCUAAAGCAUCUCAAGUCUAAGCGAUAUGGCUCAUGCUGAGAAAAUUUUUUUCAAGAUUUUUGGUUGGUUUGUUUUAUGUUCCAGAAGAUACCUAACACGGGAACACUUGAAAGGGCUGAGGAAACAUAAUUUAAAGAGUGAGAAGAGCUCAUGCCUCUAAUGUUUUAAAAAAAAAAAAUUGUUUCCAUAUGUGAUCAAAGGACCUUCUGCACCCAGGUUAACAAAGAGCCAUGAUAUAUAGAGUGUCUAAUUAUGCAUUCAUAUAAAAUUAUUUCAUUUUCUUCUGUAUUGCAACUUAGAUAAUUCCUUAGGAUUCUAAUGAAGUGGUACUCCAUUGUAUUGGAAAGCAAACGCAUCACUCCACUUGUAAAUUAUCAUUGUGUUUUCAUGGGUUUUAGUAUUUUAAGAUUGUCUUUUUUUAUUUUAUUCAUGUACUUUUGUAUUUUCCAUAUUUCAUUUUAUUUGUAAAUUUGCUUAUUUUUUAAAUAAACCAUUUAUUUUCAGCUUUGAAUUUUAUUUUGUGCAUGUGUUUUAUGUCUUUCUUUUCAUCUUUGGGCAUAAGAAGUGAGACUGAAAAAAUGAAUGAUUAUAUUUAUGGUAAGAAAAGAAAUGAGCUACACUGGAUAAGAUUCUCUUUCUGAGAGUAAUCCGAGAAAAAGAGGGCCGUGUUGGUCUCAAGAAAAACCUUUCUUGUAUGUGAGCAAAAGGGUGUUACCUAAAUAAGAUGGAUUAAACCAGUAUACUCAGGCAUCUUUGUGUGUGUGUGUGUGUGUAUGUGUAUAUGUGUGUGUGUGUGAAAGCUAUAGUCUUUACAUAUAUUUAUAUCUAAUAUCUGUCAGAGAGAGAGAGAGCAAAAAAAAUUUUUUUUAAACAAUGUCAUAAGCCUAUCCCUUUCUGUUGAAUUUGGGCAGCUUUAAUACAACCAAGGCAGUUGCUGCUUUAUUAUGGAAUCAAGAAAUGCCCUGCUUUUAGUUAAUUAAUGACCAUUUGAAUCAAAAAUACAUUAUAUCACAGACUUCAGUUAAACCAGUGAUAAUAUUUGAAAAUGAAUUUUCGUUUGAGUUAGUAAUACUAAGUCAUAGGGACAGGAAUGUCUUCUUCCUUGAAAAAAAAAGCCCAUCCAUUUACUCAAAGAAUAUUUAUUGAGAUCCUAUAAAUGUGCUCUGAGCUAGUUAAAAAAAAAAAUUUUUUUUUUUGGAAAAUUUCUCUAAUGAAGAAUUUUUCUCUUUCAAAGAAGUCCCCAAAGAGUAGACUUAGGAUCAAUGGGUGAAAGUUACAAGGAAAUAAAUAUCUACUCAAUUAGGAAACAGCUUUAAAACAGUUGAACAGUAAUGGAAUUAACUCACUUAGGAAAUACUAGGUUCCCCAUGCCUAGAAAUCUGAUGGAUUUUCACUGAGAUGUUAUAUAUGGGCUUUUUGCAUUGGAUAAGUAGUGAUUGCUCUGAAGUUCUUCUAACUCUGCAUUUGCUAAAUGACAUUCUACUAGAACGUGGUGGUGUCUAUUUAGAAGUUUGAGUAUCAGUGGUUUGAACUGCAUCUACCUAGCUAUUCCUGCCCUUGUUAAAACUCCCAAGAUGUUUUCUUCAGUUUUUUUCCUGAUGUCAUUAGUGCUUUGACACCAGAGUAAAUUCACAGUAUGGUACAAGAGACGCCUUCAGCAACUAGUCUGUCUUAUUUUUCUUUUCCACCUGAGGACUGUGAGGUAAUUUAGCAAGGCGCUAGGAGAUUAAGUGUUCCAGUAUUUUUUAUCCAAAUUUGUUUUAAACUGAAUAGACCAUUUUUAAAAAUCCUACCAGUCCUUAUAAG